AUGGUGACGCAGGCGGAGCUCGAGGCGGCGAUUCACGCCAAGGUCGGCGACAUCAGUACGCUGUACGUGUCCGAUGUAUCUGGUGGCUGUGGCCAGGCCUACGAUGUAGUGCUUGUCUCGGACCAGUUCGAGGGGCUGCCUACGCUCAAACGCCACCGCCUGGUGAACGAACGGCUGAAAGACGAGAUUGCGGCGAUGCACGCCUUCUCCCAAAAGACCUACACGACGAAGCAGUUUUCCGAGCUGCGGUCGAAGUACGCGGACCAGACGCCGUCGGCGGUGCCUACGCAGGCCGCCGGCGUCGCGGUGCCCGAGCUGACGCUCACGCCGGACACCGAGUCGGGGCGCCUGCUGAGCGCCGCGCAGAGUGCGAAUGCGUCGCCCGCCAACGUCCCGAUCGGCACGUCGCGCGUCUCGUCGCCGACGAACACGGGCAUCUCGCGCCUGCACUACACGCGCAUCUCCAGCGUCGAGUUCUGGCUCGCGCUGCGCAAGGAGCUCGAGGAGCAGUUCCUGCACGCCGACACGAUGGACCUCGACUCACCCACCGGCACCGCCUCGCCGCGGUCACAGCGCCGGCCGCCGGGCGAGGCCGAGGUCGAGCGCCUGUUUGAAGACUUUUUCCUCUCGCAGAAGCACCACCUCACUGCGAACGACGUCGCGCGGAUCCGCGAUGCGACUGGCAUGCUUGGCAUGGCCGGUGCCUAG